CCACACUCUUCCGGUAUUCCGAACAAAACCAAAACAAAUUCACGUUCUAAUGCAAUUGUUUAACAAAGUAAAGCUUAAAAUUUAGUGUAAACUGUUGUGAUAACAAGGCAUAGAUGCUUUGGGGCGUGGUGUUAUUGUUGCUGCUGCUUUAUGCGGCGCAAACCGAACCUGUUAUCGUUGAUUGCAACGAAUUGCUGAUGGGACAGUACAUGUGUCCUGAUCCCGCCAAGAAUCACAUAGAUCCCAAGACGCAGCAGCUGAGAGGCUGCACAAAGGACAAUCGAGCACGUGUUUGGUGCAUAGCUGCCAAUGACAUCAACUGCACCGAAACGGGCAACUCCACAUUUACCAAAGAGGUGCCCUGCAAGUGGACGAAUGGCUACCACUUGGACACGACGUUGUUACUAUCUGUGUUUCUGGGCAUGUUUGGCGUAGAUAGAUUCUACUUGGGUUACGUUGGCAUUGGCCUGCUCAAGUUCUGUACGCUGGGUGGCAUGUUUCUGGGUCAAUUGAUAGACAUAAUACUGAUAGCACUGCAGGUGGUUGGACCAGCUGAUGGAUCUGCCUAUGUUAUACCUUACUAUGGUGCUGGGAUCACUAUUGUGCGAAGUGAUAAUACCACAUACCGUUAUUGCAAUCAGCUAUACUGCAUGCAACAAUGAAUAUAUCCAAAACAACGUUAUCGGCUUAAGCGACUAAGCAACGACUGUUAAACUCCGACUAGUUCACAAAUCCUUUGGCCUAAUAAUUUUUAGUACUAAUUGUAGCUCUUAAGUUAAAAGAAUGUUGCAUAUGUUAGCUCUAUUUAAGUAUAUAAAACACAUGUACUAUUUAUGUAUAUACGCUCAUAAACACAAUUUGUUGCCAAUUGAGCAA